AUGCAGGCGCCUGGGGAUGCGGCAGCUACGCUGCCAAUCCGGCUGCGCACGUCGCUGCCGGGAUGCUCGAUUCCGUAUGUGCCGUACAUGGUGCCGGUGAACUGGCGCAGGUCGCAGCUGUCGACGCUCGUGAACAAGGUCUUGCAGACCGCCGACGCGGAGCGCGCGACCGUGCCGUUUGAUUUUAUUGUCGACGGCGAGCUGCUGCGCUGUAGCCUCGAAGAGUACCUCGCGCAGAACGCGCGCUCGACUGAAGAGGCGCUCGAGCUGGAGUAUAUCCGCAGCACGCUUCCGCCGGCGUUUAAGGACGCCGCGACGCAGGACGACUGGGUCGCGGGAAUCGACGCGCGCUCGUCCACGGUGCUUGUCGCGUCGUACGACGGCAAUGUGCGCCUGUUUGAUAAGCAGAACCUCGAAAAGGAGCCGGUGACGUACGCACCGGCGUACGCGAGCGGCACCACGUCGCUCACCACCGCCCAGUGGCUCGCACAAGACGAGACGGUGGUGACCGGCGCAAUGGACGGCACAGUGGCGGUUUGGCGCCUGCCGGGAUCCGAUGCACAGACCUACCAGGUGCUGCGCGCCGCCGAGCUGCGCCACCACACGGGGCCGGUGACCAACGUGGACGUCGCCCAGGACGGCAACCCCACCGCGACGGUCCUCAGCGCGGGUUGGGACGGCUCCAUUGCGCUGUGGGACGUGCCGCGCGACGCUUCGUUUGCGUCGGCUGCCGACGAAGAGGCCACGUCGAAAAAGCGCCGCACCAAGGGCGGCUCCGCCCGUGCCGCUGCCGAGACGAUCGAGGCGCCGCCGCCCACCGUCGUCUUUUCGCACGUCGCCGCGACGCUCGGUGCGUCGGCCGCCAAGGUGCUCGGCACCGCGCCGGCACCGGGCAACAAUGCCCGCACCUUUGCGCGCCUCGGCGAGCAGAGCGUGUGGAGCGCCGCAUGGGACGGCUCGGUGAAGCACUGGGACCUGUCGCUCGGCGGCCUCGCUGGCGAAAAGGCCUCGGACAAGGUGCCGCUGUGCCUCGAUGUGAUGCACGGCGCGGCGGCGCGUGUGCAGGUCGUCACCGGGCACAUGGACCACAGCAUGGCUCUCUACGAUUUCCGCGAUACGACGCACAAUGCGAUCGCGAUCGCGAAUGCGCACACGGCGCCGGUGAGCGCGGUGCGUUCGCACCCUACGUCCUCGUACCUCCUUGCGUCGGGCGCGUACGACGGCCGCAUCAAGGUGUGGGACGUGCGUUCGCCGAAGCAGGCGCUCUUUGCCCUCUCGCAGCCGCUCGCCACCUCGCAGGAGGCCAAGAAGGGGCAGACCAAGCUCCUCUCGGUCGACUGGACCGCCGACGGGAACAGCGUCGUGGCCGGCGGCGAGGACUGCCGCGUGAGUAUAUACCAGGGGAACGCGAUAGGCGACGAGCAUAUCUAG